CCUAAUCUGACAGUUGGUCACGUGACGUCAGACUAGCUUCCGUGUUGACAGAGCUGCUGCUUUUGUUGCUGCUCCGUGUUGAGUUUAAAGAGGAUGCGGUGCCGCCGCCGCCGACAUGGCUUUUUUUAAGACGCAAGAGCGAACCAAAGAACGGUUUUCUCUCUUGUUGCUGGACCUGGAGGAAUAUUACUUCGAGCAGCACACUGGUUACCACCUGAUCAGCAAUUCAAGAAAAGAGAAAAAAAUCCGAGGGUCCAUUAAGGUUUGCUCCAGAUCCAUCAUAUUUGAGCCUGACAGUCAUUCAGAGCCGAUUCUAAAGGUUCCUCUGCGAGACUGUCAGAACAUUGAGUCUGUGGAGAAAGAAAACAAUCCGUUCAAUGAUCCUAAACCUCCGGUCAUCACAGUUUCAUGUGAGCAGGUGAUUUUCAUCAAGGAAAGCAACGUCAUAGCGCCUUACAGAAAUGAAAGGGGAUCAAAAAAAUUAACCUUUGAAUUAGAAACUUGGAGUAAAACAGAAGAUGUGGUUCAGACAUUACUGCAGCUCCACAGGGCUUCCUGUCUGGACAAACUAGGAGACCAGACUGCUAUGAUUGCUGCUAAUCUGCAGUCCAGACUGGCAAGGACGUCAUUUGAUAAGAACUGUUUUCAGAGUGUUGCAGAGAAUCCCCACAUGGAGUGUGCUGUAGAGAUGGUGACGCCUCUUGUGUCCAAUCCCGGCCAUGUCUGCGUUACAAAUGAAAACCUUUACUUCCAGCCUCUUAAUGGACAUCCGCAGCAUGUGAUCCAAAUCAGACUGAAUGAAGUCAGGAGAAUCUACAAAAGAAGGCAUGGUCUCAAACCUUUGGGGCUGGAGGUGUUCUGUAGUGAGAAUAACCUUUGCUCAGACAUCUACCUGAAGUUCUACGACCCAGCCGACAGAGAUGAAAUCUACUACUAUAUCGCUACCUUCCUGGAGAACCAUGUUAAGGAGCACACAGCAGAGAGUUACAUGCUGCAGUGGCAAAGAGGGCAUCUCAGCAACUAUGAGUAUCUUCUCCAUUUGAAUCACCUGGCUGACCGCAGCUGCAACGACCUCUCUCAGUACCCCGUCUUCCCCUGGGUCAUAGCAGACUACACCAGCACGCACUUGGACUUAUCAAAAGCAGCCACAUUCAGAGACCUGAGUAAACCCAUUGGGGCCUUGAAUCAAGAGCGGCUUGACAGACUCCUGACCCGGUACAGAGGCAUGCCGGAACCCCGCUUCAUCUACGGAAGUCACUACUCAUCGCCAGGAUACGUCCUGUUUUACCUGGUCAGAGUCGCUCCAGAGCACAUGCUGUGUCUGCAGAAUGGCCGAUAUGACCACGCAGACCGCAUGUUCAACAGCAUCAAUGAAACAUGGAAAAACUGCUUAGAGGGAGCAACUGACUUUAAAGAGCUGAUCCCAGAGUUUUAUGGAAGUGAUUCCAGCUUCCUGGAAAACAAGUUGAAUCUUGAUUUGGGCCGAAGGCAGAAUGGAACCUUAGUUGGUGAUGUUGUUCUUCCUCCGUGGGCCUCAGAUGCAAGUGAUUUUCUUAAAAAGCAGAAGAUGGCUCUGGAGAGCCAGUACGUAUCAGAACACCUUCAUGAAUGGAUUGACUUGGUGUUUGGCUUCAAACAGAAAGGCAGUGAAGCUGUGGCAGCUCAGAAUGUGUUUCACCCUUUGACCUAUGAAGGCGGGAUUGACUGUGACAGCAUCGAGGACACAGAUCAGAGAAUAGCGAUGCUGACGCAGAUCCUGGAGUUCGGCCAGACGCCCAAACAGCUCUUCACCAGCCCACACCCUCAGAGGAUCACACCCAGGCUUCAGAAUAUUACCCGGAGCUCAAGCAUCAACUCCACCGUCAGUGAGCUGUCCCCUGUGUCUCUGUGUGAGGACUCCUCCUUUGAAGACCUGACUGAGGAGAGCAGGAAGAUGGCCUGGGCAAACAUGGGAAAUCUGAAACGGAUCUCCAGCCACAAAAUCCAUAAAGAAGCGGUGACGGGUAUUGCUGUGAGUCGAGAUGGAGCUUCUAUCUUCUCCACAUCUCAAGACUCCACCCUGAAAAUGUUCUCUAAAGAGCUGAAGGAAUUCCAGAGGAGUGUUUCCUUCUCUAACAUGGCUUUAUCCUCAUGCUUGAUGUUGGCUGAUGGCAAAACCGUCAUCUGUUCCUCAUGGGACAACAAUGUCUAUUUCUACUCCAUCCCGUACGGCCGGCGGCAGGACACGUUGAUGGGUCACGAUGAUGCUGUCAGUGACAUGUGUUGGCUUGAUGACAGACUCUAUACAGCAUCCUGGGAUUCCACCGUUAAAGUAUGGCAGUGUUCCUCCAACAACCAGUCCAGUCAUAAAAGAUGCCAGUUUGAGCCGCUGGCUGAAUUGGAGCAUGAUGCUGGGGUAAACUCGGUCAGUCUAAAUCCCACUGGAACUCUGUUGGUUUCUGGUUGUAAAGACGGGUCCGUCACCAUCUGGGACGCCAGCAGCUACCAAACCCUUCAGCAGGUCCACUGCCAUGCUGGAACCAUCCACCAUUCAGCCUUCAGCCCUGAUAGCAGACAUGUCCUCAGUGUUGGUGGUGACUCCUGUAUGAAGGUCAUAGAUGUUCAGACUGGAAUGGUGAUCUCAUCCGUUAAGGCUGAAGAAGAACAGAGAUGUUUCUGCUGGGAUGGGAGCUCUGCGCUCUGUGGAGGACAGUCAGGUGACCUUCUGCUAUGGGACCUGCUCAGCAAUACAGUUAUCAACAGGAUCCCUGCACAUUCAGGUGCUGUCACAGCUAUGUGGAUGAAUGAGCUCUGCAACACGGUCGUCACAGGCGGAGAGGACAAACAGAUCAUGUUCUGGCGGCUGCAGAGUUAAAGUUUCUCUCUCUGCAGCAGCAGGGAACUAAAUGUCCAGUGCAAUAUGUGGUUCGUCUAAGUGCAGUGUUUCCUUGAGGUCAGGAAGUAAAAAGAACGCCAUUGCCUUAUUUUCAGUUCUUUUAGCCUGUUCUUCAUGCAUGAAUGUGUGGAUUUUAUUUUUUGCUUUAUAUUGUAUGUUGGAAGAGCUGUAAACCCAAGGAGAAAAGUCUGUCUAAUAGAAUGGAUGUAAAUAGUUUGAGUUUUUUUUAUUAUUAUUAAGAAUAAUGUUUCUAAUUCCAAUGCUAAUGCGCUUUUUAUUAUUGGAAGCGACCCAGUGAGUCUGUCAGAGGUUUAUU